AUGAAUGCAGCUGAAGAGCAGCCUGGGUGCAACCAGUACCCCAAAGAGGCCGUGAGGAAGCGUCAGAAUUCGGGCCGGGGUUCCAGGGGCAGCGAUUCCUCCCGGACCUCCAGGAAGAGCUUCAGGCUGGACUACAGAUUAGAAGAAGAUGUAACUAAAUCAAAGAGAGGCAAAGAUGGAAAAUUUGUCAACCCGUGGCCAACGUGGAAAUCGCCAACCUUGCCAAAUAUUUUGAAGUGGUCCCUCACGGAAAAAAAUAACAGCAAUGUGCCGGGCUCAAAACAGGAACUCGAUAAAGAGCUUCCAGUGUUAAAACCUUACUUCGUUCAGAAGCCAGAGCUGGCUGGGAAGACGGGGACGGGGAUGCGCGUGACGUGGCUGGGCCAUGCCUCGCUCAUGGUGGAGAUGGAUGAACUCAUCUUCCUCACCGACCCCAUCUUCAGCCAGCGGGCGUCCCCCACGCAGCUGGUGGGCCCCAAGCGCUUCCGCGGGCCCCCGUGCACGGUGGAGCAGCUGCCCAAAAUCGAUGCCGUCGUCAUCAGCCACACGCACUACGACCACCUGGACCACGGCAGCGUGGUGAGCUUGAACGCGCGCUUCGGCAGCGAGCUGCGCUGGUUCGUGCCCCUGGGGCUGCUGGGCUGGAUGCAGCGCUGCGGCUGCGAGAACGUCAUCGAGCUGGACUGGUGGGAGGAGAACUGCGUCCCCGGGCGCGAUGCCGUCACUUUUGUCUUCACCCCCUCGCAGCACUGGUGCAAACGGACUGCAACGGAUGACAACAAGGUGCUUUGGGGCAGCUGGUCUGUCCUGGGACCGUGGAAUAGGUUUUUCUUCUCAGGAGAUACUGGCUACUGUGUUGCUUUUGAACAGAUAGGGAAAAGGUUUGGACCUUUUGAUCUUGCAGCCAUCCCCAUUGGAGCCUAUGAGCCAAGGUGGUUUAUGAAAUAUCAACACGUGGAUCCUGAAGAAGCGGUGAGAAUCCAUAUUGAUGUUCAAGCAAAGAAGUCUGUAGCAAUUCACUGGGGAACUUUUGCUUUAGCAAAUGAGUAUUACUUGGAUCCUCCAGUUAAACUGAAUGAAGCUCUAGAAAGAUAUGGCUUGAAAAAAGAAGACUUCUUUGUCUUAAACCACGGAGAAUCACGAGACUUAAGUACAAAUGAUGACGGGUUUGAAUAAUGAAACACUAGCAAUUCCUUAUAAGCUUCCUUUGAUUUGAACUAGGAACUGAUACCACAAAUGUUAAUUUAAUGUACUUACAAUGUAGAUUUUUGAAUGGAUUGGAUUUUUAGAUUCUAGGUUUGUUGGUUUCAUAAUUAAAACUUGCAUAGCGAUUUCAUGAUAAAUUUUCCUACUUAAAUUGUUUAUAAAUUACGAGCUGAUCUAAACACUGGUUAAUGCAUAAGGUAUUGUCUAGGAAUAACUCUUUCAA